AUGUCUCCAAUAAUUUGUGCUCUGUUCGCUAGACUUGCUUUAGUUCCCACAGCGUUCGCGGCUACCUCCACCCUCUUGGUAUCUCACUUCAGUGGAGCACUUUUUACUCUGUCGUUGAAUGCACAAGGUAACAAUGGUAGUCUUGCCAUUACAUCCGCCACUGGGGGCUGUGGUACCACGCCAACUUGGCUACAAUACUACGCCGACACAAAGAAGCUUUACUGUUGGGAUGAAUCAUGGCAAGGGUACGGAACAAUGGCCGAGUAUAACGUGUCUAGCGACGGUUCACUCAUUGUCAAUGGGCAGGCAAAGACUAGUGGAAAUGAUGUGCAUGGAGUGCUGUACGGAGGUCCCAGUGGAAGGAGCUACAUGGCAACCGUCGAAUAUACUCCCUCAACACUCACGACUUACGCUCUACCUCUGAAAGCCGGUCCUGAUCGUCCAUACACAGUUCCUCACCAGAUGGAGACCUUCUACAUGGCUAGUCCUGGGCCGAAUGAUCGUCAAAAAGACGGACCCCAUCCGCACCAAGCGCUUCUUGACCCCACUGGAAAAUUCCUCAUUGUGCCUGAUCUCGGCGCCGAUGUAAUUCACAUUUUCGCCAUCAAUGCAGCCAGUGGCCACCUUAACGCAUGUCCCGAUGCUCAGACAGCCCCAGGUGACGGCCCACGACAUGGAGAAUGGUGGAGCCCAAAAGGCAACACAUCCUCUCCAGAUGGCCUUAGGCUUUACACUGUCAAUGAACUUGGCAAUUCCGUCACAGGCUGGAGUGUGACAUACGGUGCGGGCUGUUUGAGUCUCAACAGGACGCAAACAAUAAGCACUUUUGCUGGAGGCAAGAUUCCAGCUGCAACAGUUUAUGAAGGCGCCUCAUACCCAGCCAAAGCGGCCGAGGUUCACAUCGUUGGCAACUUCCUCUAUGCUGCCAACCGCAAUGAUAAAUUAUUCGGGAAUCAGACGGACUCUUUAGCCACUUAUUCGAUUGAUCCUGCAACAGGAACUGUUUCUUGGAUUGAAGCGACCAGUGCACAUGCUUUCUACCCGAGGAGCUUCAACUUCAAUAAAGCUGGAACCAUGGUUGCAGUGGGUGGGCAGACGAGCUCAACUAUAUCUAUCAUUGCGAGAGAUAGUGUUUCGGGAAAGUUGGGACCUUUGAUUGCGUCAAUGCAAGUUGGGACUCAAGGAACAUACACAAACGAGGAUGGUCUUAGUUCAGUAGUGUGGGUUGAGUAG